AUGAGUCAUAGUAAUAGCUCUUCACUCGAUCGCUUAUCUUCCUCCGGUGCUGGAUCUUCAUUUACUCUACCAAUGAGUAGUAGCACCACCACUUCAUCUCCUUCCGAUGAUCAUCAUCAUCAACAUUCUCUGCUUCUCCACUCCACCACUAGUACUACUACUACUGCUACUACUACCGAUCCAACAUCAACAACAAUGGACAAAAAAUCAUCCUCUUCCUCCACUCCACUACGUAACAACAACAACAAGCAAAAACGAUCGAAAAAGUCUUCUUCUUCUCCUCAAGACGAAAACGAUGAUAAGAAAAAAAAGAAGAAGAUGACUCUCUCCAAAGAACAAGAUAUGAUGCUCAUUGAAGCCGUACGUCAAUACACAGAGAGUAAUAAUCCCAUUCAAUGGAAAGAAAUCAAUCGUAAAUUAUUCAACAAUCAAUAUACCUCUAACUUUUUAUAUCAACGAUAUCAUAGAACCCUUAAUGCUAAAAAACAUAGAUGGAGUGAUGAAGAAGACUUGGAACUGCUUCAUUAUUGUAUCAAGCAUGAUAAAAAGUGGUCACUCAUUGCACAAAAAGAAUAUGAAGGGUUUUUCCCUGAUAUUCAACUUUCAAAUCGAUACAAGAAUGUGUGUAAACGAAAUGAACUAAAAGAAAGAUUGGCCUCAAUGACUGAAAAAGAAAUUGAAGAUUUAAUUGAAAGGAAUAAGCAAGCUAGAACUAAGAGUUUAGAUACCAGAAAUUUAGUUAAAGUUAUUGAAGACAGCGCAGAACCUUCCGCUUCGCCAAGUAUUGACGCCUCAAAAGCGAAGAGAAAAUCAAACUCUCCAUCCUCAUCCAGUAAAAAGACCAAAUAUCAACAAAUAGAGUCUUCAAGUGCUAGUCCAAGAAUGGAAAGUGAUGACUCCAUUGAACUUGAAGUAGAUGAAGGUGAUUCACAUGAUUCAUUUGGAAAACAAGAUGAUAACAGUACUAACACUUUUCUUGUAGAGCUGGAAUCUAUUCGUCAUUGGCCUCAAAACAAAAUAGAAGAAGAAUACUGGAAGAAAGUGGAGCUCAUUAAGAUCCAUCAUAUGCCUUUAUUGGUGGAUUUGUUGCAUGACUGCGAGAAAAGUAUUGAGGCUCUUAACGAAUCCAUGCUUGCCAUUUUACAAUCCACACAAAACGCCUCUCUAAAGUUGAAGCAAGUAGAAGAAAAUAUGGACCUGAAAAACGGUUGGCAGAAAUUAUAUGAAGACUGUCGUUUGUUGCGAGACAUUAUUCAUCAAGGUGUGGAUACUCAAAUUAAUCCCAUUACUGUUGAUUCUUUCACUUUUUUAUGCCGAGCUGAAUGUUGUCUAUGCUCGUAUCGAGAGAGAUUAAGACAAAUGCGUGAAAUGAAAUGA